GUUCACUCAGGAAAAUUUACAGUUAUAUCUGAAACUCAGGGAUGAAGACUGGAUCAACGUACGACAAUCAGGAACAGUGUUGUUAAUGUCAGAGUCUGCAAGUUACAUGAGGACUUUGAUGAGCGGUUAUUACCCUCAAAGACUGACUGACAACUCAUUUUGGACAAGAGGAGCUUCCUGCUUUACUCCACAGAACAGCAGAGGAAGUCAGAAGAAGAUAAAUGCACCAGCUUCUUGAGGGAGUGAUACCCCGUCUCACCCAAACAAAUGGCAGCCAAGGAGAGCCAUCUGACAGCCACACUCCUGACCUCCAUCCUGGCAGCGGUGCUCGGCUCCCUGCAGAUUGGCUACCACACCGGCAACGUCAACGCUCCAGCCAAGAUCAUCGAAGAGUUUUUCAACCACACCUGGAGAGCCAGACACAACCAGUCGAUGCCAGAUCACAGCCUGACUCUCCUGUGGUCACUCUCUGUCAGCAUUAAAGACUUUGGAGCCUUGCUGGGCUCGCUGGGAGUCAAAUAUCUGGCAGAUUCUUAUGGAAGACGUAACUCCAUCCUCAUAGUGAACUGUCUCUCUGUGGUGGGAGCGUGUCUGAUGUCUGCCUCCAAAGCCAGCAAGUCAUUUGAGGUCCUCAUCCUGGGACGGUUGGUGUUCGGCCUCUUCUGCGGCCUGGUGAUGAGUCUUAAUCCGCUCUACAUACAGGAAGUGUCUCCCACAAACCUGAGAGGGGCCUUCGCUACACUCAACCAGGUGUCCUUUGCCUUGGGCAUCCUGGUGGGAAUGGUGGCUGGUCUGGAGACAGCGCUGGGUACAGAGCAUCACUGGGCAAUGAUGCUGUCCCUGUCUCUUAUACCGGCCCUGACACAGUACCUGGUCUUACCUUUCUGCCCUGAAAGCCCUCGCUACCUGCUCAUCAACCAGGGAGAGGAGAAGAAGGCAGAGACUGCCCUGCUGAGGCUGAGAGGCAGUGAAGACAAGGCGUUCCCUGAGCUGGAAGAGAUGAAGGAUGAGGCCGCCCGCACUCAGACCGGAGUCACCAUCCACGAGUUCUUCAAGAAGGGCCGCUACAAGCAACCAAUCAUCAUCGUCCUCAUCAUCAACUUGGGCAGCCAGCUCUCGGGAUUCAAUGCGAUCAUCAAUUAUUCUACCCGAAUGUUCCAGGCCAAGUUUGACCAGGCCAAAUACCUGACUCUGGGCGUGGGGGUUGUCAACGUGACCUUCACUUUAGUGGCAUUCUUCCUGAUGGAAAGGGCAGGAAGGAGGAAGUUGCUCUUGACUGGUUUCAUCUCCAUCGCAGUGUGCAACUUACUCAUGACCAUAGUCGAUUCUGUCCUGCACCUGGUCCCAGAGCUGCGGAGCCUGCAGGUUCUGCUGGUUUUCUGCCUGAUUUCAGCCUACGAGCUGGGUCCUGGCCCCAUCUCUUGGUUCAUUGCUGCUGAGCUGUUCGACCAGCCUGGGAGACCCAUCGCCAUGGCCUUCACCAGCAUGCUCAACUGGGGAGGGAAGUUUGUUCUGGCACUCCUCUUUCCUCCAUUACUGAAAAUCUGCGGCGCGUAUGUCUACCUCCUCUUCAUGACUGUGGCUCUUAUUGCCUUCACCUUCACCUGGAUUCGCCUCCCGGAGACAAAAGGGCGCACGUUCGAUGACAUUGCAGAGGAGUUCAGAGGCGCGGAGGGAAUUCCUUUGCACAAUAAGGCCGGAUUCAAUACUUUCAACUGACUGACCUUUCAACCCUUACUGAAUCUGGUCAUGGUCAUGCUGAUAAAAGGCUCAGUUCACCCAAUUUACCUUCAUGUUUUACCAAAUAUUAGCGGUAGGUAACCACAUAGUUUGGGUUUUGCUUGUUUGUGCUGCUCGCAGCGUUGAAAAAAUGAGUUCAGAAAAACCCAGCAAUGGUUCUUUUAAUAAACAUUGUCGUAAUUACUAAGAAUAAUCCACAAAUCUCCAUGUCAACAAUUUUGUUUCAGAGGAAUCUAACUAAACCAAAGAAAACAAUAUGGGAGUAACCACAAUAUUAUUUCUGGAGAGACAUUUUCAACAUUCAAGAGCACCAAAAAUUAAAUUAAAUUCAAUAACUUGGGUGAACUGACCCUUUAACCUUCAUAAUGUUCAAAAGGACAAACUGUUGUUUCACAUGGAGGGAACCAGUGAGUCAAAAUGCAAACUGUGUGUGUCUUGAAGAAGCUGGCAUUGCCUCAAGUUAAUUUGAUUUUCCCAACAAUGUUGUUCUGGUUAUGAGAACUGUAAAAUGACUGAUAUUUAUACUGCAUGUUUUGAGGCAUUUUGUAACUAUUGUAUUGUUAUUUUGUAAAGAGAUGGAGACUUUUAGAGGGCAGACAGAGGGUGCUCACAAAGAGUAAAAAAAGUGAAGAAAAAGUUAAGUCUGCAACAGAGGGACUCUUAAUUUCUUCACUUGUGGUACAGGGACUAAAAUUGGAUUUGUUUUCUCUAAAAUCAUCCAGAUUUUCAGCGGUUUAUUUGACAGCUGAACUCUUUUUACACAAAGAGCAAUUUGACGCACUGUUACAGUUAAAGUCAAUGAAAACCUUCAUGGGUUCAGCUGAAGAGAGGGUUUUGAAUGCUAGUUUGUGUCUCCACCACUUGAUGUGAUUGUUAUUUGUGUAAAUAAAGUUAAGUAAUGUGGGACAAGCUCUUCAGUGCCUUUUCAUAAAACUGAAUUCUUUUAGAUUUUUAAUCAGACUGAUCAAUUACAACGAUGAGUACAUUAAACUGAAUUAUAAAGUAGCUGUUUUAUACAUUUUAGUAUAUCUGCUGAGUGUCAGCAGGGGUUCCUGAUCCCCCCUCAAACCAGUCCCACCAACCAGGAAGCCUUCCUUGAAUUUGGGUUUUGCUGCUGCACAGACACAGCAGCCAUCCAGUUCAUUAUUGGUUUGUGAAAUCUCACAUAUCUCUGAACUGUGUACACUUGUAAGAUGUCUGUGAAAACCAACCACAGCUGUGUGAAUAAAUAUUUCAUCCGA